GUAGUACUAGUGGUAGUAGCAGCGAGACUUGAACUGUUGAAUAACACGAAGUUGUGCAACUUGACUUGCCUUAUAUCAUGGUGUCAGCAGCGUAUGUGCUUAUUAAUUAAUAGUAUUAAUAUUAACUGUUUUAAAUGGCUCCUUGAAUUGAGAAUAUUCCUAAGUUUUAACAGGAUCAGUGUUAUCAGCUUAUGGAAUCGGUUGUCAAUCGGCAGUUUAAUUGUGGGAUCGAUUAUUUACUGAAAAAUGAUGGGUUUAAAUGUUUACUUUCUCAAGGACGGAUGUGCUAGAAUGGCCUUGAAGGACGAAAUGGCCUCUUGAUGUUGUCUCUAUGUUAUGUAUAUCGAUUAUAGGUUAAAGCAGCCUAUCCUGUACUCGUACUUCAGAAGUUCUUGCUCAUGGAGAGUUAGAAUUGGUGAGCUACAGCCCCAUAUGUUUUCAACUGAAUCUUGAUGACGUUUGCAAGGAAAAUGCACUCACUGGACCUGUACUAACACUACUGUAUGGAUGAUUGUCUCGUCUUAGUCCCACCUUAUAGAUGUCAUCUUUUGCUGGAAUCUCCCUUCUUCUUCUGUGGGGAUUUUUAACGGUUUGUUUGCUAGGUAGACUCGGCCUUCUCCUUUACAUUUCCAAGACAUAGAGCUAUUUGUCAAAGCUCUCAUGUCUCCUCUUUCUGUGUGAAAGGUUCUGCCUUUCUUGGGGAUUAGAGUCCAUUAUUCAUCUGAGAUGCAGCCAUUUGUAUUGCUUAACCCUCUUGCAAUAGCACUUGCCUUGAAAGGAAUUGAAUAUGAGUAUCGACCAGUGAACCUUAUUAAAGCUGGAGGUGAACAGCACUCAGAAAAUUUCAAGAACUUGAAUCCAUUGGAAAAAGUUCCAGCUUUAGUAAUAAAUGGGCAUACUUUAACUCAGUCUCUUGCCAUUAUCAACUACCUUGAUGAAGAAUACCCUCAGAAUAAGUUGUUGCCUGUUGAUCCUUUGAUGAAAGCACAGGUGAAUAUUGUUGCUAAUGCUAUAGCCUGUGAUAUUCAGCCUAUUCAAAACCUUGUUGUGCUUCAGUAUGUAGGUGAUGAGAAAAAGGCAGAAUGGGGAAAAUAUUGGAUAACAAAAGGAUUCACAGGUUUGGAGAAAUUGCUUUCAACUACAGCAGGAAAAUACUGUGUAGGAGACUCUGUUACUGUAGCAGAUUUGUGCUUGGUCCCUCAGGUAUAUAAUGCCAACAGGUUCAAAGUUGACAUGGCUGAGUUUCCCCUUAUAUCUCGUAUUAACCAGGCACUGUGUCAACUAGAAGCAUUCCAGAUAUCUCAUCCAGACAAUCAACCAGACUCCCCUCAGCACUGAAUGAACUAGAAGUAGAGCAGGUGUUUUAUCUAGAUAACUGACCAGGUUUUCUCAAACUUCAUUCUUAAUAUACUUGUUAAUUUCUACUACAAACAGCAAUACCUAUAAAUCAAAACUAAUAGGCUUUAUUCAAAUCUUUCAUAAAACCAACUAUAAUCAUUUUUGUUUGCCACAACGUGUUGGUAGUGUUUUUUGGAGCAAACAAACUAACAAAUUUUGUGAAUCAUAACUCCAUUUUGUAAUGUUCCAAUUCUUAUUACAGAAACUUUACAAAGUUUUUUGUUUUAUUGAAGCACUUGAAAUAAAAAGCUUUUAAUAAGAAUUUGUAAUAAAGUAACUGAUGGAGCUAAGUUAUUAAAAGAAAAGAGAUAUUCUUCUUCCAUGAUAUGGAAGAAGAAUAUGAUGAUAUGACAGGAAAUGUAUUGGUUUAAUGAGAUUACUAACCUUUAAAACAUUAAUCAAUUUAGUAAUACUUGAAAAAAGUGACCAAUAAUAUGAAUUUACAAAUGUGUAUGGUACAGUUUGCUUAUAGUUUUAACAGAUUUUUAUUUUAUAGACUUCCACAAUACAAUUACCUUAAGUUCAUGCUCACUUUUUUGUAGGCUUAGUCCUGAAAUGCUCAUAAAAUAAACUCAUGUUUACAUAAGAAACUUCAGCUCUAAUUUGGUUUUGCAUACAACUGAAUUAUAUGUUAACACUAUACUACAGUUAAAAAUAGGAAAUAUAUGAGUAUAUCUUAAUUUCUAUAAAACUUGCUCUUGAAUGUUUUACUAUAUGUGAAUUAAAGGUGAACUUUAAUGUUUCUUAACUCCAACAAAAAUGUUUACUUCUUGUUUUGAUUAUUCAAAAUUAAUGAAAAUAAUUUGUAUGAAAAAACUAAUAUUAUAAUGCAGACAUACGGGGUGAGUCAUAAGUCUUGAUUUUACAUGUUAUUAUGAAGUAAGUGUGGAAUGUCAGAUCUGCUGACUUAGGGUGUUUAAGCGUAUUAGGGGCCACUAUUCACUUGACAUGAUGUCAUGAUAUAGUUCAAAUCAAGGUCAUUCAAAUGCAUAAACUUACAUAAUUUUAUAACACCCUGUAUUAAAGUUAUAUAUUUUCAACUGCAAAAUUUUGUAAAACCCUUAAGGAAACCAACAUUUCUAGGGUAAUAUUAUUGUGUGAUACAGCAUAUUGUUACGUCUCCGUUCGUUAGGAAACCAACAUUUCUAGGGUAAUAUUAUUGUGUGAUACAGCAUAUUGUUACGUCUCCGUUCGUAAGGAAACCAACAUUUCUAGGGUAAUAUUAUUGUGUGAUACAGCAUAUUGUUACGUCUCCGUUCGUAAGGAAACCAACAUUUCUAGGGUAAUAUUUUGUGUGAUACAGCAUAUUGUUACGUCUCCGUUCGUAAGGAAACCAACAUUUCUAGGGUAAUAUUAUUGUGUGAUACAGCAUAUUGUUACGUCUCCGUUCGUUAGUU